AAUGCAGUUUACGCCAUUUUGUGUGUAAUGAUUUAUGUAGUGUAACAGAUUUUCUAACCUCAAUAGUUAUUAACUUUAACGCUUAAUCUUGAUUCGCGAGGCCUACUGUCACGUUUUUCUAUCCGAUUUUCAUUUUGAAAAUGUGUCGAAUGAACCUAAUUUUAUCGAAAUCGAAGAUGCGACAAUUUACGUUAUGUUCACUAUAGAUUUCCAAUACAGGCAAACAAUUUUGGAAUAUAGCCAUUAUGUCACCUAACCAGGUUCAUUCCGAGACAGAUCAGGUAUAAAUAAGGACGUAUCAAAUAUUUAAUCCGCACCAAUUUGAUACGCGCACUAACCGUUUUAACGGUAUAAAAGGGAUCAACUAUUCAACAAAAGUUGAUGUACUAUGAACCGACUAGAUGAUCCGCCAGGGCUCAUGAAAGGCAGGAAACCAUCUUUCAUUGGAAUGAACGGAGCUCCGGAGACGGAUGAUCAGCAGCGAGUACGAUUUCAGGUUGAAUUAGAGUUUGUACAAUGUCUUGCCAAUCCAAAUUACUUAAAUUUUUUGGCACAACGUGGCUAUUUCAAAGAUGCGACAUUCAUUAAUUACCUCAAAUAUCUAUUGUACUGGAAAGAACCAGAAUAUGCAAAAUAUUUAAAGUAUCCUAUGUGCUUGUAUUUCCUGGAUUUAUUACAGUAUGAGCACUUUAGAAGAGAAGUUGUGAAUUCUCAAUGUACAAAAUUUAUCGACGAUCAGCAGAUUCUGCUAUGGCAGCAUUACACUAGACGUCGAACAAGACUUCUACAAACAGCUGCUGAGCAAACGCAACAAACUAAUUCUCAAAACAAUGGUAUUGUUCAACCUAAGGUUCCCUAAAGUUGUAAUUUUAUAUUUGUCUCAUAUAUUCAUUCUCUGUAUUUAAUGUUUUUUCCAAUAUAAAUAAUGCUUCUAUAGGGAUUAAUUAA